UUCCCCGACGAAGGCAGCAGGAUCGCAUUCCAUCGUUUCAGUCGUCCCUCUUUUAUCGACUUGAUCUGAUCGUUUGUUUACGUUCGCUCACUCACUCACUCACUCACUCACUCACCCUCUACAUUCUCCACCACCAGCUUCCGUUCCUCAAUUCAAUUUCCGUUCGUUCCGCCAAAUAACAAUACCGCGAAUCGAUACUACCAACAACCCGACGAUAAUCCAACGCGGUUCCGCUUCUCUGCGCGAUACUGCCCUAUUUGAAUGACCCAUAAUCCACACCUCGAUCUCGACGUGUUCAACAAGAUGGCUCACAACCACCUCCACCAAGCGCACGCGCACGCCUACGCGCGACAACAAGGUCCCGAGACAGUCGUGUCUGUCGUCUACGUGACUGCUUCCAAGACCUUCGAGGGCGAGAUUGGAGGAUACACCACCAUUGGCGUCGCGAUUGAUACAAACACAGCCGAACUAGAUCCUGAACCUACAACCUCUGAAGCGCCCAAGGCCAAGACCGUAUCGUCACCAGCAAAGAGUUCUCCUGCCUCGAUCAAGGCCUCAAGCAGACAUACAACUUUUGAAACCUCCGCCCUGCCAACCGCGAUCACUUCCCCAAAGACAUCCGUUGGCAACUCACUCCCACUCCUCGCCGCGACUGGUGGUGUAUCAACCAGCUCCAUCGCCUCGGCAGCUUCCUCGACCGCGACCUCAUCCGCGAAAUCGGAUUCGACCUCGGAAGAAGGUAUGAGCACAGGUGGAAAGAUCGGAUUGGCUGUUGGUAUCUUGUUACUUUUGGGCGCCGUUCUAUCGAUCAUCCUGUUCUGCUUCAAGAAGAGAAAGGAUGCAGCCAAGGCAGCAGAGGCGCGCGAGAAUGAGAAAUACGACCAGGUCACCCGCACUGCUAGUGUCCGUACAACUGCUACUGCUCCUCGACUUUCUCUCCGACCAAUCACUCAGUUCCUACCAAACUUGGGCGAGAAGCGUGCAAGCCGUGGCAACCCUCUCGCAGCUCACCUUGCACCCGUUGCCCAGCAGCAACAACAAGAGAAGACCGGUGCAUGGGAGAGACCAAUGACUGGACAAUCCAACAACAGAGAGAAUCCAUUCGGAAACCACGCAGAGACUAUCCCAGCCCAGAACCCAUUCGGAAACCAUGCCAAUAUCGAUCCUGUCAAUGCUUCUGGUCCUGCUAUCGUUGAGAUGCCAGCUGAGCCUAUGGCUGCUACCGCUGUUGCUGUCGCUCCUAUUGGUCUUAAGCGUGGAGCUUCCAAGCGCGAGAACGGCCCAGCUCCUCUUGAUUUCACCAAGUCUGGUCCUUUCAUGGGUCCUCCAUCUCCUGCCGGAACCGAGUUCAGCAUGUCUUCCGAGGCUCCAGGUACACCAGUUCAAACCAGCUCUGGUGCCGCCAUUGCUGCUGCUGGAGGCCCUGUCAACUCUGCUGUUCACCGAGUUCAACUUGAUUUCACCCCAUCAAUGGACGACGAGCUUGAACUGAAGCAAGGUCAACUGAUUCGUGUCCUACACGAGUACGAUGAUGGAUGGGCUCUCUGCAUCCGAUUGGAUAGAUCUCGUCAAGGUGUUGUACCACGUACUUGCUUGUCCACUCGUCCUGUCAAACCUCGCCCAAUGCAAAACGGUCCUCGUGGUCCCCCACCACCAGGAAUGCGAGGUCCUCCUCAACAACAACGUCCCAUGUCACCCGCCAUGAACGGUCAACGAAUGGCUCCAAAUGCUCUUCAAAUCCGACCAUCUACACCAAACGGCCAACAUCCACGCCCUGCCUCCCCAGCUGGAUCUAUGCAACAACGUCAACCAAGACCCAUGGUCCCAGGACAAGAUCAAGGUCGUCCUCGUAGCAAUUCCGCCGCUCAGAUGCAACGCCCCAGAAUGGGUCCAGGCCCAAGUCAAAUGAACCCAGCGCCUCAAUUUGAAGGUGCUGGUUCUCCUCCACAGGGAUUCAUCGGUCGGAAACCAGUUCCCGGUCAAGCAUUAUAAACGACUUCACUUCUUCAACAACAAAAGUCCUUUUGGAACAGAAAUAUUUGCUUGACUUGAUUUUCUCGCGUAGCGAAGAAUGGGGAACAUGGAACCUGGCGUAAUGGGACGGCGGAUUUUGACACGAUUGAUCACGAACGAAUGUACACAUCUUUUCCUUACAGUCAUAUUCUUUUUUCUUCUUGCUUGCCUUUCUCUGCAAAAAUAUUUUUGGGAGGGAUUGCUUGCUACAGGGUUGUUUACAUCUUUUUGCUGCUACCGAUCUGAGCUUUGAGAGUUUCCUUGCCCUUUUUUCCGAAAGUACACAUUUGCGAACCGAACUGGACUGGACCUGUUAGUUGGUAAUGUGUAUGUAUGUAGAUCGUCACCUUUUUUUUUACUUUCCUUUGUGCUUUUCUGGUGGUUGUGGUGGUGGUGGUGAUAGAAGAGAGGUGGAGAGAGACAGGGGGAUUGGAUCAAUUGCUCGGCUCGGCUGGAUGAGGAGACUUCCUGGUUUGCUCUACGGUUUGCGCUGUAGUUCUUGGACUCUUGUUCUCGAGGGGGAGGGGAAUCGACUGGCUUUGAGAGAUGGACGGAUCGAGGUAGAGGUAGAGGUUGAGGGGGCAAUGAUGCAGUCGGCGAGCUGUGCUGUGCUGACUUGUAUGAGUUUUAAGUUUCUACUUUCUCUUUCAAGUAUGUGCCUGCAUUAGCUGGGUUAUGGAUGGUUGGGUGGGGAAUAGAUGGAUGGGUGGGGGGAGGAAGGGUGGAAGGGAUGGAGAAGUGUACAUAGGCAGGCUUGCAACAUAGCGGCAAAAUGGAAUAAGAAGUCCUCUCGAAC